AUGAUGCUCUAAAAAUAUUUGAUGUAAAGCAAGGCAUCCCUUUACGCUUAUUCAAGAAUGGGCUUUGCAAAAAACAUCACCUUGACUCCUCAAGAAAAAGACUAUUAUACUAUUCUUGGAAUUCCUACUAGUUCUACUGCUGAGUAAAUCAAGGAGAGCUAUAGAAAGUUAGCUAAAAAGUACCAUCCAGAUGCUAGAGCAUCAGAAAGUGAAGCAGAGCGUGACCCUAACCCAGAUAAAUUCAGAGAUGUUAAUGAAGCUUAUGCAGUUCUAUCUCAAAGUGAAUCAAGAGUCAACUAUGAUUUACAAAGAAAGAAGAACCCUGACAACUUCAAAGCUAUGUCUGAGUUUGAGUAUAUUCUUGAAAAGAGAGUUGAUUUAAGAGAUAAGACUGGUCAUGUUCCACCUGCAGAGAGACCAUCAAGGGGAUCAUAUGCUGAGGAAAGACUUCAUCAACUUAAGGUUGAGAGGGAGAAGUACAAUGUAAACUAUCUCGGUUACUAUAAGGGAGGUGUUCCAUAAAAAGAUGCUGGUCCACUCAGAAGUAAAUCAAUUGGUAACCCUCAUGAAUUCCAUUCUCCUCAAAUUCACAACUACCUUGAAUUCAAUCAUUAAGACACUGCAUUUGUAUCAUCAGAAGAUGCCAUUAAAUUCAAGCAUUGGAUGGGCUCAGAUAUUGUUGAUUUCCAAAGAUCAAGACCAUACUAUCCUAUGCAUUACGAUAGAAAUAUGGACUUCUUACGUGAUAGAAGCUACUGGCUUGGCUUCAUUCUUUUGGUUAUGGGAGGUUCUUAUGCUAAAUUAAAAUACUCCUAAGAGUCAAACAGAUGGUUCUAAUGGAUAAGAAAAGAAGAACUUAAUACAAUCCCUGCCCAUCAUUUAUCACACAGAGGAGGAGUACUCUUCGAAAAGUAAUUUGUUGGUUUUGAAAAGUAUCAUCAAAAUAACGAAUCACUAAUGAACUGGUACAAAAAAGCAUAUCCUCUACAAUUCCAAGAAGCUCAUGCCACAGAAUGA